AUGGGCUCCGGAACAUCGAGUGACGCUUUGAAGGACACCAAAUUUGGCGACAACACAACUACAACAACUGAACUGCCAUUUUCGAAACAAGUAAAGACAAAAUGGUCGUCAACUGCAACAAAAAUAUUCACAGGGGCAGUCAAUGUUCUCAUAAUUUGUCAAACAAAUCAACAAAACGCUGCUGACCGACUGCGAAGCCAAUUAAUAGAACUUAAAUUUAACUGCUAUACUCUCACGGAUACAACACCUUCAUCGAUCGUUGCUCGAGCUAAUCUUGUUCGAUGGUCUGAUGUAUUUAUUUCUCUCAUCAGCCGAUCAUAUCAACGAGCAUUCUGUUGCAUGGAAACUAUUAACUAUGCAAAAGAUAUCCGGAAACCAAUCGUUGUCAUUUUAGGUGAAUCAAAUUUUCAACCAUAUGGAGCCUUAGGUGCAAUUUCAGCAGGCGCUGUUCACACUAUGCUACUUGACGAUGGCGGUAUAUCAGAAAAUGUUCUAACAUAG